UCCUGUCCGAUCUAAUCCCGCCUGUCUGUGCUCGCACACGCGCACACCCAAACAAGCCCCCUCCUUCUGCGUCUGCGCGACAGAUGUAGCCUCCUGCCGUCCUGAUGUUUGCUGACGUCCGUGUUUGGCGUUUAAACGACCCGACUCUCGCCUGGAGUCGUUUGUCGUCUUUUCCCGGCAGCGAGCACGACCUCUUGUUGUGUGACUGGCGAGCCGGGAAGUAAACACGCCAGCCUGUGCCCAUGACAGGCAGCGAAGACGAAUCGCUACCAUAUCAUCAUCGUUGAUUUCUCAAUCGGGUCCUCAUGGCGUCCGUUUCGAAGGUGUCUAUUUUGGAUUACUUUAAUAUAGUGUUUGAGGGCGAAAAUGGCAAAAUCGAGUCCAACUGUAAAGCGUGUGGCACGAGAAUCCAGGCGAAGCGCAGCGUCACGUCCAACUUCGUAACGCAUCUUAAGCGCAAGCAUCAGGCCAUGUAUGAAGACUUUGUGAAAAGGAAAGACAUGAAGCGAGAAGGUUACUCCUCUGGUCACAUCCACACCGUGACGGCCCAUGGCGGGAACGCCCGCUGCUGCAUCAACAUGGGGGCAGGAGUGGGAGGAGGAGGAGGAGGAGCAGCAGCUGGUGGGACGACAGCCCUGGAAGCAGGAGGAGCGAGCAGGUUCCAAAAGAAUGACCCACGUCAGGUUUUAAUCAGUGAGGCCAUCACUAAGAUGAUCGUUAAUGAUCUGCAGCCAGCUUCCAUGGUGGAAAAUCCUGGCUUCAGAGCACUGCUUCAGCUCCUGGAGCCCCGUUACACCCCAGACCCCCAGCACUACAUCCAGAGCCAACUCCUCCCAGCCUAUGCCUACCAGGCCCAGGUGGCCAUCCGUCAAGCUCUGGCCUCAGCGCAUGCCCUCAGCCUCAGCUUGGACGUCUGGAGGGCCUCAUCUAGAGGUUACCUUGGUGUCACCUGCCAUUUUCUGUCAUCGGAGUGGCAGAUGCGGUCAGCUCUCAUGGCUUGUCUUCCUCUCACUGGGGAUCGCAUUCUCUCAGAUUUUGAGGAAGUGUGUCACUCUCAUGGCGUGGCCGGAAGAGCCUUUCGUGUGGUUGCAGAUCCACUCCUGACUACAACCACAGUGAAGCCAUGCUGUCUUCCUGGUUUUUGCCCAGAUGGGGAUGAAGACGAUGAUACAGAAAAUGGGAACAACGCAAAAGGAGAAAUUGGGAAUGGCCAUGGUGGAGAAGCAGGAUGGGAGGACUCAUGGGAGCAGGGUCUUGGUGUUUGUCGUGUGGACUGCUUCUCUCGCUCUCUGGGACACUGCGUCAGAGAAGGGUUACGCUCAUGUCCGCAGCUUGAUUCUGCACUGACCAAAGCUUGCCACUUCUACAGCUACAUCACAACUUUUGUUCCAUCAGAGAAACUGAGCCAGGUGUUUGAUGGACCUGGGAUUAUGAAAGGAGUCCAAGGAAGUGCCUCUCCACCAGGGCGAGACUGGGCUACUCAGCUUAAGGUGCUUCGACGGCUGUUAGAGUCUGUGGAGGUCUUGGAGGAGAUGAGUGCUCCAGGGGAAAUGGUGCUGUGCGUUUCAGAAAGGGCCCUGCUGAGGGAGCUCACUGACACGUUGGAGCCGUUCAUCGAGGCCUGGGACAUUGUAUCUGGGGAGCGACAGGCGGACAUGAACACCGAUAGACAUGUGUACAUCAGUCUGGCUCUUCCAUGUGUCUUAGGCUUGCGCAAACAUCUCUCGGAGACGUCAACUCCUUGUUGCCCUUCCCUCUUGGCAAGCCUAAGCCAAGCUGCAGAGCGUCGUCUCGCUCCUAUCCUGGAGGAUCCCCUCUACAUCACGGCUACUACUCUCGACCCCCAGUUCAAGCUCACAUGGAGCAAUAACCCUGAGUGGCACAGACAACUUCUUCUAGAAGAAUUAUCCAAACAUUCUGCAGACUCAGAGCAACAUCCUCAUUCCUAUACGUCUCCAGCACAGGCGCCAUUGCCUGUUUCGCCUUUGGCUCGCCCCUGCAAGCUGUUCUCUUUCAUCAAGCAGAGGCCCAUUAGUCAGGCCAAGAGCCUUGAGCAGGAGCUCGCCAUCUACCUGCGAGAGGAACCUACGGACGAAGAGGCUCUGCAUUACUGGCAGCGUAAAACAAUUGACUUCCCGCUCCUCUCCCAGGUGGCCAAGAGGGCGUUUACCGUACCUGCUUGUGGCACGGCGGUGGAAAGCAUCUUCAGCCAGGCCAAGAACUGUCUGCGGCCCGAAAGAGGCUGCGUCUUACCACAGAACUUAGAGACACUCAUAUACCUCAAAGCCAACUCCAGAUUGUUAUGGACAUAGUCUUUUUCCGACACACUAAACAACACAGGCAAUUGUGAUGGGAUUAACUCCAAAGCCUCUUUCAUGUUCCUGAGGCAUUGUUUUAAUUUAUGAACACUAUCCCCAAAGACUUUCAGGAACAAACCAAGGAUAACAUUACCAGUAACAGUUGCAAAAUAAAUCAUGUGACAUUUU